GUCAGACUCAUCAUGUCGCGCUUGCUACGACCUCAGUAGUGAAAGCUACGGCAUGCGUAAGAUCCCUCAUCUUACACAGUCACGAUUUGGAGCCUACAUCUAAAGCGGGAAGAACCUGACUCACAGCAGAUGGCAUCGCUGGCAGUCGAGUCACCCGGCACUGGCCGGUCGGAGCCGGUUUCAUCUGAGGAGACUAUCGACUCCGCCAUCGUCCCGCCGUUGAUGCAGUUGUGGAGAUUAGACUUGGACAUUGACUGGAUCAUCGACCGAUUACUUGAUGUGCGGGGAAACCGCCCGGGAAAGGCGGUAGCGUUGCAGGAGGUCGAAAUCCACCAUCUGUGCAUCAAGGCACGCGAAAUCAUGCUCAGUCAGCCGACCCUGCUCGAGCUAGAGGCGCCAAUCAAAGUCUGCGGCGACGUCCACGGGCAGUACCACGACUUGCUGCGGAUAUUCGAGUACGGGGGAUACCCGCCCGAUGCGAAUUACCUGUUCCUGGGCGACUAUGUGGACCGCGGUAAACACUCGCUCGAGACGAUAUGUCUGCUGCUGGCGUACAAGAUCAAAUAUCCCGAAAACUUCUUCCUGCUGAGAGGAAACCACGAAAGCGCCGCAGUGAAUCGCAUAUACGGCUUCUAUGAUGAAUGUAAAAGACGUUACAGUACAAAACUCUGGCAGACAUUCGGGGAUUGCUUCAAUUGUUUUCCGAUUGCAGCUGUUAUCGGCAACCGGAUAUUUUCGAUGCACGGCGGGUUGAGCCCGCUUCUCAGAUCGAUGGAUCAGAUCCGCCGCAUUGCGCGGCCAGUCGAAGUCCCGGCCAGCGGAUUGCUCAGUGAUCUCUUAUGGAGCGACCCAACACACGACCACAGAGGAUGGUCGUCCAACGACCGUGGAGCGGGGAAAGCGUUUGGACCCGAUGUCGUGACGCGGUUCCUAAAGGAGCACGAUUUGGACUUGAUCUGCCGCGCUCAUCAGGUUGUGGAAGACGGAUUCGAGUUCUUCGCCAACCGGCGUCUGGUGACCGUCUUCUCGGCUCCAAACUAUUGCGGCAAAUUCGAUAACGCGGGGGCACUGAUGUCUGUUGACAAGGACUUGCUCUGCUCGUUUCAGGUCAGUCAAAUAUUUCUCGCAUCGCGGUAUCCUCAUCCGAUUUUGGAUAGAUCAUACAGCCGUUGGAAUCUCCGUUUGCCCUUGGCUAAAAGUCCGGCCCACUUCCGCUGCGCGGUCUCACGAAUUCCGAUUACGAACAUCAUCACCAUGCUUUUCACGCUCACACUCUUUCAAGUCUCCCUGCUCGUUUUCCCCGCUGCUGCGCAGCAGAUUCAAGAUGUGUGGCAAACGACUGCGAACAAAGCCUCCCUCUUUGCCGACGUCUCUCCCCACAAGCCCAUCGACUUUGUCAAGCCCGGUCCCGUUGCCCAGGCCGACAUCGUCGUCACAGACUCGCAGACGUUCCAGACGAUCGAGGGAUUCGGUGGAUCACUCACCGACUCCUCCGCUCUGACCCUGAGCAACCUCAAGUCCAAGAACGCGACAGCCUACUGGGAGAUCGUCCACUACAUGUUCGACGCGACGGACGGUGCCAACGCGGCCGGGUUCAACUACAUCCGCGUACCUAUCGGCGCGUCGGACUUCUCUGCCAAAGUCUACAGUCUCGAUGACCACAAAGGCGACACGACAUUUUCGAAGUUCAACAUCGACAACGCUCCUUCGCACCUGUUCAGCACGAUCCAGGAUAUCAUGACCGUUAACCCCGCUCUGAAGGUGCACGUUGUGCCGUGGAGUCCGCCGGCCUGGAUGAAGAAGGGUGGAAAGAUGACGGGGGGCACUAUCCAGAGCCAAUACAUUCGCAUCUACCCGACGUAUCUGCUCAAAGCGGUUCAAGGCUUCGUGAGCAAGGGUAUCAACAUCCAUGCGAUCUCGGUGCAGAAUGAGCCCCAGAACAACAACCCGACCUAUCCUACGUGUACCAUGACACCCGGUAUGUCGCUGCGACUCCUCCUGACCGUCUCGUUCACAACUGGUCGUGCAGCAAUCGAAGGCCGCAUUGGGUCUGCCCUCCGCACUCUCUUGGACCAGAAUGGUCUCUCUAGUGUCAAGCUUGUAGGAUAUGAGAUCCAUGACGACAAUGACUCUUACGACGGUGUUGCUUUUCAUUGCUAUGCUGGCGACGUCAAGAACCAAGCAGAGUUCCACAAGGCUCACCCGAAUAAGAACAUCUACUUCACGGAAUGCACUGGCACUGUCGGCUCGGACUUUGCCGGUGAUCUGACGUGGUAUAUGCAGAAUCUGUGGAUCGGCUCCCUCCAGAACAACGCUAGCGUCGGACUGAUGUUCAAUCUUGCUCUCGAUGGGCAAGGGCUCCCCACCCUGCCUGGGACAAACAGCUGUGACGGUGGUUGUCGGGCGAUGGUCACUGUCAACAGCGACGGGUCGUUCGAAUACAACCAGGAUUUCUAUGCGAUGGCCCAGGCCUCUAAAGCCAUCGUUCCGAAGGACAACGGGGGGCCGUCCGGCUUCCGGACCGGGGUGUCGGUGCAGGGGAAACAUGCCUCGGCACUGACUGUGGGUUCUUACACGACUAAACGCGUCUCGUCUUCGGAUUUCAAUCGGCACUCGCUUGUCGUUCUAAAUGCCCACAACUCGCCGUUAGCGUCGACAAUCGAUUUCCGAGGAAAGCAGGCGACAUACACGUUCCCUGCGGGUGUCACGACUCUCUGGUGGUUCGCACCGCCGGCUGACGAAACCAGUGGCGGACAGACGAAUGCGGUCGCGCGAGGCGUGGCGAGGCACCGCAACUCCUUCCAGGUCAGGCGCCGGCGCCUUUGAUUUGAACCUGCAGAGUUGGGUGCGGCGAUUCGUUCAGCUGCUAUAGAUUAGCGUAGUCUUAUCUACAUUAAUGUACACACGACCAAUACACACGACCAAUGGAAAACAUGCAGGCACAGAACAGUGAGCGUCGACCUCCCCGGCG